UUUGUCUGAAGAAGGGUUUCGGCCCGAAACGUCGCCUAUUUCCUUCGCUCCACAGAUGCUGCCGCACCCGCUGAGUUUCUCCAGCACUUUUGUCUACCUUCGAAAUUCCAGCAUCUGCAGUUCCUUCUUGAACACUCUGUCAGCGGUUAGUGAUUAACUGGAGCGGGAGAGAUGGGGUCAAGGUGCGUUGGAUCAGUAUACACAAGCUUGGGGAGCCCACACUGCCUGCUGUGUGAGAGGUCGCCACGGAGGUUUGUACUGGCCCUUGCUGCUUGGGGCUGUAAGUCAGUUUAAUAUCAGGGGGUUGACAUCGAGUGCUGGAGUAACAUAAGCGAGUCAGGCAGCAUCUCUGGAGAGAAGGAACGGGCGACGUCUCGGUUCGAGACCUUCCUUCAGACUGAUGAAGGAUUGGGGAGCUUGGUCAGUCGGCGAGUACAAGUCACCCUUGUCCAUUGCGGGCCCAGUGCAGUGGGGAAGCGGGGCCGCCACUGCCCGAGACCACUGCACAGCAAGAUCCCACCAGCACACAAUGACCAGCGCCCAAUUACCUACCUGGUGAAUGAGGGAUGGAUACUGGCCCCGGGGUCUCUGGGGAGAAGCCACUGCUCACCUUCCACCAUGGCCUGGGCGUGUCUGAGCCCCAUUGGGGAGAGAUCUAGGACACAAGUACACAACAUUCCCUGAAAUGUUGUCACAGUUUACACGGGUGGUGAAUAGACAAUAGACAGCAGGUGCAGGAGUAGAGGCCAUUCAGUCCUUCGAGCCAACACCGCCAUUCACUGUGAUCAUGGCUGAUCAUCCACGAUUAUUACCCCGUUCCUGCCUUCUCCCCAUAUCCUCUGAUUCCGCUAUCUUUUAAGAGUUUUAUCUACUUGUCUACUUAUCUGAAUUAGCCUCCACUGCCUUAUGAGGCAGAUAAUUCCACAGAAGAAGGCACAUUGGCCUUCAUCGGUCAAGGAAUUGAGUCUAGAUCAUCUGUUUGAGCGUGUCUUACAGGGGCUGAAAGUACGGGACCUGCAGGAGACAACCAUGGCCGGAGACAGCAAGCCCCGGAGAGUCGGAAUCAUCGGCUUCGGACACUUAGGCCAGUACCUGACCGCGAGGAUUGAGGAGGAGGGGUGUCGGCACGGUCUGGAGCUGGCCUUCGUGUGGAACAGGAGCCGGGACAAGAUGGAGGGCCGCGUCCGGAGGGAGCAGCAGCUGCCGUCCCUCAGUGACGUCGUGCACAGACGGGCGGACCUGGUUGUGGAGGUCGCUCACCCUCACAUAGCCAAGGAGCACGGAGCGGAGAUCCUGAAACACGCGGACUUCAUGGUCGGGUCUCCCACAGCGUUUGCCGAUCCGAAAGUGGAGGCGGCGUGCCGGGAGGCGGCGAGGAGACACGGACACACCCUGUACAUACCCAGCGGCGCAUUGUGGGGGGCAGCGGACAUCCAGAGAAUGGCCGACAGCGGAGCCCUGCAGGCUCUGAAGGUGACGAUGAGCAAGCACCCCGACAGCUUCAGGCUAGAGGGGGCUUUGGGGGCGCAGGGGAAGAGUCGGGGGGGGCGGGCGGUGCUGUACGAGGGCCCUGUGAGGGGUCUCUGCCCCCUGGCGCCCAACAACGUCAACACCAUGGCAGCCGCAGCCAUGGCCGCCCACAAUCUGGGCUUCGACCGGGUACAGGGAUGUCUGGUGUCUGACCCCAGUUUGUCGGAUUGGCACGUGGUGGAGGUGGAGGUGAGAGGCCCGGUGGAUGAGGCUUCAGGCCACGGCUUCACGGUGAAGACCACGCGCCGGAACCCCGCCACCCCGGGGGCAGUGACGGGCUCGGCAACCUACGCCUCCUUCUGGAGCAGCCUGCUGAAUUGCAAAGGUCACGGAGGGAAAACUCUUCCUGUGCUGAUGAACUGUCGCUUCCAAGCAUCGAGGAAGACGGCGUCAGAAUUUGGAACUUAAGAGAGUUUCGAUUAAAAAAAAACACGCCAUUCUUGACCCCAGGAAAUAAAGCACGAUCUUCUCUCGCGUUAUUGGCGCUUUUGGAGACU